AUCGGACACAGCGGAUCACUGAUCCUUGGAAAGAGCCGAAGAUGUCGGCUCAGUCAUGUGAUCAGCUGUGUCCAAUCACAGCUGAUCACAUGGGACAUGUGCACUGAUCAUCAGGGCACUGAUGAUCAGUGUGCCCUGGUGAUCAGAGUAGCCCCAGCAGUGCCACCUGUCAGUGUCCAUCAGUGCCACAUCAAUGCCACAUAUCAGUGCCUAUCAGUGCAAAUCAAUGCCACAUAUCAGUGCCCAUCUGAGCUGCCUUUCAGUGUCACCCAUCAGUGCCAGUCAGUGCCACCUAUCAAUGCCAAUCAGUGCCACCUAUCAGUGCCACCUAUCAGUGCCAGUCAGUGCCACCUAUCAGUGUGCAUCAGU